GGGGCGGGGCCUCUGCUGGCGGUCGGGAACUGGUCGGGGGGAGGCAGCAACAUUGUUUCAAGUUGGACAAAUUGACAAGAGCCAGACAUACACUGCGUUCCAUCCCGAUCUAAGGCCACGGUGCUGGACUCUGUUUCCCUCUCCUCGGCCCCCGAGAGUCUGGGCACGCCUUCUCCAGGGUUCCCAGGCCCGUUCUCCAGGGCCGGGCUGACCCGACUCGCUAGCGCUUCAUGGAGAACUUCCAAAAGGUAGAAAAGAUCGGAGAGGGCACGUACGGAGUUGUGUACAAAGCCAAAAACAAGUUGACUGGAGAAGUGGUGGCGCUUAAAAAAAUCCGCCUGGACACUGAGACUGAGGGUGUACCCAGUACUGCCAUCCGAGAGAUCUCUCUGCUUAAGGAACUUAACCACCCUAAUAUUGUCAAGCUGCUAGAUGUCAUCCACACAGAAAAUAAACUCUAUCUGGUUUUUGAAUUUCUGCACCAAGAUCUCAAGAAAUUCAUGGAUGCCUCUGCCCUCACUGGCAUUCCUCUACCCCUCAUCAAGAGUUAUCUGUUCCAGCUGCUCCAGGGCCUAGCUUUCUGCCAUUCUCAUCGAGUCCUACACCGAGACCUUAAGCCCCAGAAUCUGCUCAUCAACACAGAGGGGGCCAUCAAGCUGGCAGACUUUGGACUAGCCAGAGCCUUUGGAGUUCCUGUGCGUACUUAUACCCAUGAGGUGGUGACCCUGUGGUACCGAGCACCUGAAAUCCUUCUGGGCUGCAAAUACUACUCCACAGCCGUGGACAUCUGGAGCCUGGGCUGCAUUUUUGCUGAGAUGCACCUAGUAUGUACCCAGCACCAUGCUAAGUGCUGUGGGGAACACAGAAGAAAUGGAAGACACAGUCUCUGCCCGCUGUGCUCCUAUCUAGAAGUGGCUGCAUCACAAGGAGGGGGGAUGACCGCAGUGUCUACCCCAUACCCCGUGACCCGCCGGGCCCUAUUUCCUGGAGAUUCUGAGAUUGACCAGCUCUUCCGGAUCUUCCGGACUCUGGGGACCCCAGAUGAGGUGGUUUGGCCAGGAGUUACAUCUAUGCCUGAUUAUAAGCCGAGUUUCCCCAAGUGGGCCCGGCAAGAUUUUGGCAAAGUUGUGCCUCCCUUGGAUGAAGAUGGACGAAGCUUGUUAUCGCAAAUGCUGCACUAUGACCCCAACAAACGGAUUUCGGCAAAAGCAGCUCUGGCUCACCCUUUCUUCCAGGAUGUGACCAAGCCAGUACCCCACCUUCGACUCUGAUGUCCUUCCCAAAGCCAUCACCUUCAGUCUCACCCUCUCCUCUAGUGUGGGCUUGAUCUGACUUGGCUCUGGGCCCACGCCGGUGGGCACUCUGAUCUUUUCUGGCUGCCUUAGCACUCACCUUCCCCUCUUGGCCAGCCAAUUCUGGGCAUUCAGAAGUGGAGGGGAGGAACAGGUCAAAAGGAAAGGAAAUUUCAGUAUUAGAUGCACUUAACUCAAUCUUUACCACCAUCUGUCACUCCUCUUAGUCAUCACUGAGGAGGACUGAUACUCAAAGCAAAUCAAAACAAAAACUGACUUCUCCCCCAUCAUCAGGUUUGCCAUCCCAAUCUCUGAAUAUCACAUAAUAUUUCCUGUGGUUAGGAUGACAGGUACCCCAAACCUCCUGCUGCCACUGUUUUUAUAAAGGUCAACUGAUAGCAGGGGGCUAAAUUAGAACAUUUGAGAACCAAGAAAAACCAAGGGGUCUGUUUUGAAGAAUUAGGUUAAAAAAAAAAUAGAUCAAAUCAGUUUAUGCCUCAGUGUUUCACAUCACUUAACAGGUUGGGAGACUCGAGAUGCAGGCUCACUGGGGAGAAGGAGAAGAAAUGAUUCCCUGCGGUUCCUUUGUGUGUCCCCCCUAUGAGCAAGAGGAGUCUGGGAGGCCCAGUGGACAGGGAUUGUGCUUCACCAUGGCCUUAUAAGGCAGGUGAAAGAAGUUUGAAUUUUUCUUUUAGGAUUUUUAGUUCUUCAGUUGCCAGGAAUCCCUGCUCCCAUCUUUCUCUGAAAGCCACUCCUUGCCCCAUAGUGGAAGUGAAGGUUUAGAUGUCAUUUUGAGAAUACUGACACUUUUUUCAGGGUUGUGACUGGGGGUAGAGUGGGAGGAGGGAUGACUGGGAAAAAUAUUUCUUUAAAAAAAGGAUGAACAAUUAUAUUUAUAUUUCAGGUUAUAGGUUAUAGUAGUUUUUUUGUCAGAGUGGCUGAAUUUGCUGCCAUGUGCACCUUGAGGUUUGUAAUUCAGGUGUUUUUUUUGUUUUUUUUUAAGUACUUUUUUCUUUUUAUUAUUUUCUUUCUUCCACCUCUU